AUGAACAAACUCUUGAUAUAUCUCUAUGAGAUUGGAAGGCAUUCAGUUGAGAUAUCACUUGUUAUGAGAUUACUUUUACUUUUGUUUGUUUUGGUAUGUUCUUCACAACAACUCGACAAAGGUUUGUUACAUUAUUGUACUUUAAGUGUGUAUUCUAUGUUUUGCUCUCUUCCUUCGUAUUUAAUACAAAUUUUCCUUUUUACAGCUUCAAUGCCUAAAAUAUUGUCGUCGAACUAUCAUAUUAUCGUAUAUAGUAUUACUAGUACUAACUUCAGGUCGCCGUCUGUACACAUGUCUUCUGAAAGAAGCCGAUGAGCCUUCUGUCUGCAAUCUCGCCUUUAUGACAGCCAACGAUGAGCAUAUUACUAUAGCUGACAAUGGUUGUUUUGUGGUAUGUUGUCAUUGAAGGUUACUGUAGCUUUAGGAGAGAGCCAAGAAUAAUCAGCUCAAGAACUACUGUCCUCUGCAAUGUCGGAAUGCUGAGAAUGUGGUAGUAACAAAACAAACAUCUGAGGGCAUCAACGACCGAUGUGUGAUAGGGGAUACUGUAGGAGUACAGAGAAGACGGAAUGAUUGGUUCUUCUGGAGGACGGUGGAAUGUGCCGUGCUGGAGGCACAGUUCGAAAUACAUUGUUCUGAAGAGCAACAAGAACCGUUCGACGUAAAUCUUGACUUUGAAGGAAGUGGACUGUGA